GCGCCCUGCCAGGGCCUGGGACGCGCCGUCGGGCACGCGCCGGGCAGCCCCGCGCCGCCUCUGCCAGAAGAGUCGGCUUCCCCACGUGCCUUCGCGUCGCUGCCGGCCGGAACCCGCCGGGCUCGGGGCGCAGGCAUAGUCUGUCACCAUGCAUCGGAAGAAAGUGGAUAACCGGAUCCGGAUUCUCAUUGAGAAUGGGGUAGCCGAGCGGCAGAGAUCUCUCUUUGUUGUAGUGGGAGAUCGAGGAAAGGAUCAGGUGGUCAUACUCCAUCACAUGUUGUCUAAAGCAACUGUGAAGGCUCGGCCGUCAGUGCUGUGGUGUUAUAAGAAAGAGCUGGGGUUUAGCAGUCACCGGAAGAAGAGAAUGCGGCAGCUGCAGAAAAAAAUAAAGAAUGGGACGCUGAACUUAAAGCAGGAUGACCCCUUUGAGCUCUUCGUAGCAGCCACAAACAUUCGCUACUGCUACUACAACGAGACGCACAAGAUCCUGGGCAAUACCUUCGGCAUGUGUGUUCUCCAGGAUUUUGAAGCCCUAACUCCAAACCUGCUGGCCAGGACUGUAGAGACGGUGGAAGGCGGUGGGCUGGUGGUCAUCCUCCUGCGGACCAUGGAUUCACUCAAGCAGCUGUACACGGUGACUAUGGACGUGCAUUCAAGAUACAGGACUGAGGCCCAUCAGGAUGUGGUGGGAAGAUUUAAUGAGAGAUUUAUUCUCUCUCUGGCCUCUUGUAAGAAGUGUCUUGUCAUCGACGACCAGCUCAACAUCCUGCCCAUCUCCUCCCAUGCUGCCGGCAUUGAGGCCCUACCUCCCCAGACCCCGGAUGAGGGUCUUGGUGCUUCUGACCUGGAGCUGAAGGAGUUGAAGGAGAGCUUGCAGGACACCCAGCCUGUGGGUGUGUUGGUGGACUGCUGCAAGACCCUAGACCAGGCCAAGGCUGUCCUGAAAUUCAUCGAGGGGACCUCUGAAAAGACCCUGAGGAGUACUGUUGCGCUCACAGCCGCCCGAGGAAGGGGAAAAUCUGCAGCCCUGGGGUUGGCCAUUGCUGGGGCGGUGGCUUUUGGGUACUCCAAUAUCUUUGUGACCUCCCCAAGCCCUGAUAACCUCCACACUCUGUUUGAAUUUGUAUUUAAAGGAUUUGAUGCUCUGCAGUAUCAGGAGCACCUGGACUAUGAGAUCGUUCAGUCUCUAAAUCCUGAAUUUCACAGAGCAGUGAUCAGAGUGCACGUCUUCCGAGAGCACCGGCAGACCAUCCAGUAUAUACAUCCUGCGGAUGCCGUGAAACUGGGCCAGGCCGAACUUGUCGUGAUUGAUGAAGCGGCUGCCAUCCCUCUGCCCCUGGUGAAGAGCCUCUUGGGCCCCUACCUUGUUUUCAUGGCGUCCACCAUCAACGGCUACGAGGGCACUGGCCGCUCCCUGUCCCUCAAGCUCAUUCAGCAGCUCCGUCAGCAGAGCGCCCAGAGCCAGGUCAGCACCACGGCUGAGAACAAGACCACAACGACAGCCAGACUGGCCUCAGCGCGAACGCUGCACGAGGUCUCCCUGCAGGAGUCUAUCCGCUAUGCCCCUGGCGACGCGGUGGAGCAGUGGCUGAAUGACUUGCUGUGCCUCGACUGCCUCAGCAUCCCUCGGAUCAUCUCGGGCUGCCCGUUGCCUGACACCUGUGAGCUCUACUACGUGAAUAGAGACACUCUCUUUUGCUACCACAAGGCCUCUGAAGUUUUCCUUCAAAGGCUCAUGGCCCUCUACGUGGCUUCUCACUACAAGAACUCUCCCAAUGACCUCCAGAUGCUCUCUGAUGCACCCGCUCACCACCUCUUCUGCCUUCUGCCUCCCGUGCCCCCUACCCAGAAUGUCCUUCCUGAAGUGCUUGCUGUCAUCCAGGUGUGCCUUGAGGGAGAGAUUUCUCGCCAGUCCAUCUUGAACAGCCUGUCUCGAGGCAAGAAGGCUUCGGGGGAUCUGAUUCCGUGGACUGUGUCAGAGCAGUUCCAAGAUCCCGACUUCGGCGGCCUUUCGGGCGGAAGGGUUGUUCGCAUUGCUGUUCACCCAGAUUAUCAGGGGAUGGGCUAUGGUAGCCGAGCCCUACAGCUGCUGCAGAUGUACUACGAGGGCAGGUUCCCUUGUCUGGAGGAGAAGGUCCUCGAGACGUCACAAGGAAUUCACACCGUCAGCAGCGAGGCCGUCAGCUUGCUGGAAGAGGUCGUCACUCCCCGGAAGGACCUGCCUCCCUUACUCCUCAAACUGAACGAGAGGCCUGCUGAACACCUGGAUUACCUGGGUGUGUCCUAUGGCUUGACCCCCAGGCUCCUCAAGUUCUGGAAACGAGCUGGCUUUGUUCCUGUUUAUCUGAGGCAGACCCCGGUGAGCCUGUGCCUGCAGGGGGUUUGUUCUGAUGGACACGAAGCAGCGGUCUCACUGAGCGGCCCUCUGGUCACCGUUUCUUCCCCGCUGUGCACUGCACACCUGAAUGACCUGACUGGAGAACACUCGUGCAUCAUGCUGAAGAUGCUGGCUGACGAGGAUGAGGCCAACCAGGGAGCCUGGCUCGCUGCCUUUUGGAAAGAUUUCCGGAGGCGGUUCCUGGCCCUGCUGUCCUACCAGUUCAGCGCCUUCUCUCCUCCCCUGGCUCUGAACAUCAUUCAGAACAGGAGUGCCGGGAAGCCAGCGCAGCCCGCCCUGUGCCGCGAGGAGCUAGAGGCGCUCUUUCUGCCCUAUGACCUGAAGAGGCUGGAGAUGUACUCGCGGAACAUGGUCGACUACCACCUCAUCAUGGACAUGAUCCCGGCCAUCGCGCGGAUGUACUUCCUGAACCAGCUGGGGGACCUGGCCCUGUCCGCUGCCCAGUCGGCUCUUCUCUUGGGGAUUGGUCUACAGCAUAAAUCUGUGGACCAGCUGGAAAAGGAGAUCGAGCUGCCCUCGGGCCAGCUGAUGGGGCUUUUCAACCGGAUUAUCCGCAAAGUCGUGAAGCUGUUUAAUGAAGUGCAGGAGAAGGCCAUUGAGGAGCAGAUGGCGGUGGUGAAGGAUGUGGUGAUGGAGCCCACAAUGAAGACCCUCAGUGACGAGCUGGAUGAAGCAGCAAAGGAGUUCCAGGAGAAACACAAGAAGGAGGUGGGGAAGCUGAAGGACAUGGACCUCUCUCAAUACAUAAUCCGUGGGGACGAUGAAGAGUGGAAUGAAGCUUUGAACAAAGCCGGGCAGAAUGCCUCCAUCAUCAGCCUGAAGAGCGACAAGAAAAGGAAGUUGGAAGCCAAACCAGAGCCCAAACAGAGCAAAAAGUUGAAGAAAAACAGAGAUGGGAAGAACAGGAAAGACCUGAAACUGAAGCGGAAGCAGUGACUGGGAAUGUGCAGGUCAGCGCUGGCUCUGAGCGCCGUGGCGGGACGGGGCGGCGGCUGAGCCCAUCGCAGCCGGAAGCCGGCCGGGGAGUCGGGCUCGGGGCCGAGCUGGGCUUGGGGCGGAGGCGCCACCGGCCGGUCUGCCUGGACCGCGACGGCCGCAGACCGGCUCCUCCCCGCCAGGCCCGCCUCCCCCGCAAGCUCCUGUUUGGCUGUGGGUCCAGGCUGUCGCGGCUCCUUCCACACACACCAGCCGCGCUGACUCUCGUCGCUUCUCAGGCGUCAAGUACCCAGCUUUCUGGGGAUGCUCAGGAGGCUGCUGGUGGAGCACUGGGGCCUCUCGUCGUGGACUUGUCCCGACACCGACACCCUGCUGCCUGGGGCAGAGGAGCCCUGGUCCACAGGUGGCCGUGGCAGGCCACUGUUCUGUGCGCUGGGUCUGCGCUGCCGUGACGGUCCACUCCCGGCUCCAGCAGCCUGCUGGCCAGUGUCCCUGAAAAACCGUGCUCUUAAUUUAGGAAGGCUGUGACAUCUGACUACCCCAAAGCUGUUAUUUCAUCAUUUGGGAAAAAUAUUGGGAAAGACCCUUUUGCUAGCAGGGAUGAGGGGGGGAUGCAGAAUCCAUUUUUAUUAAAUAAUGUCCCGGAAAGACCAGCUGCCUGUGGGUGCUCACUGGCUCCGUGUAGGCAGCGUGCACCUUGCCUGGUUCUCCUGGUGGGGCUUGGCUGUAGGUGGCCUGGAGCAUGUUGGGAUCAAGGCCAAGGGUGGGCAGUGUGGCAGCGCUUACUGACCCAGGAGCCCGUGGAGAAGUGGCCGGCACUGAGCAGUGCUCCCUGUGGUCCUCCUGGGGGACUUGGUGUGGUGCUUGGGAGCCAGCCAGCUGUGCCUCUUGUCCUCUCGAGCUCCUGUCAGGUGGUUUGGUCCCUUCCAUCUGUUGGGGACAGAAAUUGUGUGGUGGUUUCACACAUACUUUGGUAUGUUUGUGUGACGGUAUCUACUUGCCACUCCCAAAUCCGAUACCUUGUGCUUGAAACCUUGACCCUGAGGGUCCUCUGCUGGUUUCUGUGGGAUUGUUCCUUCUGCCCCCUGUGCAAGAGAAGCUCUGGGUGGAGUCAGCUCAGUCACUUCCUGUUCUGCUUGAGGUUGGUGGCAGUCCCUCACAGCUUUUUCCUAUUUUUAUCUGAAAAACUCAUGUGGUGGGUUGGGUACUGGUCUUCCUUGGUUAGUCAUCGGCUCUAAAAGGAGUGGGGUCUCUGAGUCCGUGUGGAACCUUUCCUUGGCUCUGAUGUCUCCCGCGUUCCUGGGAGUCCAGCGCACGGACGGGCAGGGAAAGGGACCUCUGGACCACGGCAGAUGGAAUACGCAGCCCCGGUCUCGUGCCCAUGGGGACAGGAGCGGCUUCUGCUGCCUGUGCUGCCCCGCCACGCCCUGGCCCUGUGCUGGAGUGCCUUUUGUCCCUGGUGCUGCGGCUCGCUGCCAAGUCUGCAGGGGAGUUUGCUGAGAGAGGAGGUGAAAAUCGGCUUGGAUCCAUUUUCCUCAGAUGCUGUUUCCGAGAGCAGGGUGAAGACCUGCGCACGAAUCAGGCUGGAGACAGGCGUGGAGUGAAUGGGGAGACGCAGUGGUGGGGUACAGCUCCCCUCCCGCACCAGACGAGAGCCUCACCUCCAGGACGUCGGCCGUGGGGAUGUCCAUGGACUCCGUCCCUCCAUAGUACAGGUACUGCAUCAUGAGCUGCAGCAGGAAGAGGCCCCGGGUCAGCGCCAAUGGAGCUGCAGCGCCCAGGCCUCCCUGGCCCCCAGGCCUCCCCGGCCCCCGGCCCUGUGUGUGUGGAUCCCACAACUCGCUCAUGCUGAGACUCAAACGUCUGUGUCUUCCCGGAGUGCAGCCUCUAGCAGUUAACUCCAAGAUUCUCUCUCCCGACUUCCUGUGUGAAUGACAAGUUCCUCCCACGGCAUGGUUUCAAGUCAAGACUCAUGACAGCCCCGGGAGCCCAGCAGGAGAGAGAGCAUUCACAACGGGGGAAACUGAGGCCCAAGGAGGGAAGCUGACGGGGCCCAAGUCCCUCGGGUCUCCUGACUCCCACACCAGAGCACUUCUGGCACACCCGCACCACCCUGUCAUUUCCUCUUUGACCUACAGUCUGAAUAUGGGGCCGGGAGGGAGGGAGGUGGGGCUUUGAGGCGACGACAGUCCUGGCUACUCUGAGAAGCCCACGUCAGACUUCCUCUCCAUGCUGGGACUGCACAGUGGAGGUGAGAGCCAGACCCCAGCUCCCGCUGGAUUCGCUCCUUGGAAAGAAAGCAGAGCCACGGGGUCUGCUCCAGAGGUCACCUUGCUGACGCCCAGACCCGCCUGGGGCUCUGGGGAGUGGAGGGCCCUGGGGUAUCAGACUAAGUGGCCUUGGAGCGUGGGAUCACGUCCAGUUCUGCUGAGGUCUAAGUUACAAACUCCGCCAUCACGCUGGAGCCUGGGGAGGCUCCCAGGUGGAAAAAGAAAAACGAUUCUCCCUGGUUGGCUGAAAAAAUGGCCCCAGCAAGGAGCUGGCCAGCGUGUAAAUAAACACGCUGCAGCCACACAGUUGGGCUCUGUCAGGCCCGGGCCCAGGCAGGAGCAGCAGAGGGUCUAGGGUAAGGAGCCCACGCUCGGGGCACAGGAGCUAGGAGAGGAGCUGAGAGAUGGCCCAGGGCCGGCCGGGCGACAUCAGGCCCUCCCCACCGAGGACUGGGCUCCCAUGGGCCUUCUGCAGCCCCUGUGGGAACUCCUGCUGUAAUCCGAACAACCACAAUGACAGCAUGUGUCCACCUGUCCCUCUAGGCGCUGUGCACCUUGGCGGGCCACACCUGGGUUCCUCUGCUGUCCCCACGCUGGGCGCUGAGUGGGUGCUCGGCCCACCACCAGCUGUAGAUGUUCAAGGCGGAGGACCCUCGCCCAGGACUCUGCUAAGGGCUGGCCUUGGGUGUGGGCCAGGAGACACCAGAACCUGCAACCCCUUCCUGGGCGGACGGUGGCCUCCCGCUGCAUUUCUGGGGCUGGUUUUGGCAAGGUCCAGCAGCUACAGCAUGUGGCUCUCCCUGAGGUCGUCUGAAUGCAUGUGAGUCCACAGAAGUCAGGCGAGAAUUGCUCCCUGGGUGCCUGGCUGGCAGGCAGAGGUAGAUUAAUUUUGCAAAGCCUGACAGUUCCCAGGCAGGACGGGCUCGUCUGCCCCCACAGCAGGCAGCCUGCGGGGCUGGGCAGCUGCUCCCAGGGGACCCAGGGGGCUGGCUGCAGAGGCAGCAGCGUUUGCUUCCACCCUGGGUAGGCCACCAGGAAACCACCUGUGGGAUGCCACAGACACUGCAGGGACAGGCCGGGGGACAAAAGCCAUGUCAGAAAGGCACAGCUUUGCCCCGGGUUUAGUCGGCGGUGACCUUGGCGAGUGUCUAGACCCAUGCUGUCUGAUGCAGCAGCUACUUGCUGUAUGUGGCUUCUGAGCAUUUGAGAUGUGAUGGGUCUGAACUGAGAUGUGCUAUAAGUGUCAAAUACACACUGGAGUUCAAACACUUAAGAUGAAAAAAGAAGGUAGAAUAUUUCAUUAAUUUUUGUAUAUUCAUAUGUUGAAACCAUAAGAUUUUGGUUACACUGGGUUAAAUAUAUUAAAAUUAAUUCCACCUGC